AUGCCCCGCGCCGCCCCCCGGUGGCCGCCGCCGCCGCUGCUGCUGCUGCUGCUGCUGCUGCCGCCGCCGCCGCCGCCCGCCCGCGGCGCCCCGGCCCGGCCCGGCGCUCGGGGCCCGGCCUCGGCGCUGGUGCAGCCCACGCGGUUGCCGGGCAGCGGCGCGGGCGAGCUCGCGCUCCACCUGUCCGCCUUCGGCCGGCGCUUCGUGCUGCGCCUGGCGCCCGACGCCAGCUUCCUGGCGCCCCGGCUGCGCAUCGAGCGCCUGGGGGGCGGGGGGCGCGGGCGCGCGGCGGGGGCCGGGGCGGGGGCCGGGGCGGGGGCCGGGGCGGGGGCCGGGGCCGGGGCCGGGGGCGGCCCGGGGCUGCGCCGCUGCUUCUUCUCGGGCACCGUGGACGGCGCGCCCGGGUCGCUGGCGGCCGUCAGCCUGUGCGGGGGCCUGAGCGGCUCGUUCCUGCUGCGCGGCGAGGAGUUCACCAUCCAGCCGCAGGGCGCGGGGCGCUCGCUGCUCCGGCCGCACCGCCUGCAGCGCUGGGGGCCCCCCGGGCGGGCGGAGGACGCGGAGGACGCGGAGGACGGGGAGCGGGACGACGAGGCCGCGCCGGGCGCCAGCGAGCCGCCCCCACCCCUGGGCGCCACCGGCAGAGCCAAGCGCUUCGUGUCCGAGGCUCGCUUCGUGGAGACGCUGCUGGUGGCCGAUGCGUCCAUGGCCGCCUUCUACGGAGCCGACCUGCAGAACCACAUCCUGACGCUCAUGUCCGUGGCAGCCCGAAUCUACAAGCACCCCAGCAUCAGAAACUCCAUCAACCUGAUGGUCGUCAAAGUCCUGAUCGUGGAAGAUGAGAAGUGGGGCCCCGAGGUGUCCGACAACGGUGGCCUUACCCUGCGCAACUUCUGCAACUGGCAGCGGCGCUUCAACCAGCCCAGCGACCGGCACCCAGAACACUUCGACACGGCCAUUCUGCUCACCAGACAGAACUUCUGCGGGAAGGAGGGCAUGUGUGAUACCCUGGGUGUGGCGGACAUUGGCACGAUCUGUGACCCCAACAAGAGCUGCUCUGUGAUCGAGGAUGAGGGGCUCCAGGCGGCCUACACCCUGGCCCAUGAGCUAGGGCACGUCCUCAGCAUGCCCCACGACGACUCCAAGCCCUGCGCACGGCUCUUCGGGCCCAUGGGCAAGCACCACAUGAUGGCACCCCUCUUCGUCCACCUCAACAAGACGCUGCCCUGGUCUCCCUGCAGUGCCAUGUACCUCACGGAACUUCUGGACGGCGGGCACGGAGACUGUCUCCUGGACGCCCCCACCUCGGCCCUGCCCCUCCCGACAGACCUGCCAGGCCGCAUGCCCCUCUACGAGCUGGACCAGCAGUGCAAGCAGAUCUUCGGGCUGGGUUUCCGCCACUGCCCCAACACCUCCACGCAGGACAUCUGCGCCCAGCUCUGGUGCCACUCGGAUGGCGCCGAGCCCCUUUGCCACACGAAGAACGGCAGCCUGCCGUGGGCUGAUGGGACGCCCUGUGGGCCUGGGCGCCUCUGCUCAGAUGGCAGCUGUCUGCCUGAGGAGGAAGUGGACAGGCCCAAGGCUGUGGUGGACGGAGGCUGGGCCCCAUGGGGACCCUGGGGAGAAUGUUCCCGGACCUGCGGAGGCGGAGUACAGUUUUCACACCGUGAAUGCACGGACCCUGAGCCUCAGAACGGAGGGAGAUACUGCCUGGGUCGGAGAGCCAAGUAUCAAUCUUGCCACACGGAGGAAUGCCCCCCUGAUGGGAAAAGCUUCCGGGAGCAGCAGUGUGAGAAGUACAAUGCCUACAACUACACUGACAUGGAUGGGACCCUCCUACAGUGGGUCCCCAAGUACGCGGGGGUAUCCCCCCGGGACCGCUGCAAGCUGUUCUGCAGAGCCCGGGGAAGGAGUGAAUUCAAAGUGUUCGAGGCCAAGGUGAUCGAUGGCACCCUGUGUGGGCCGGAGACUCUGGCCAUCUGCGUCCGUGGCCAGUGCGUCAAGGCUGGCUGUGACCACGUGGUGGACUCGCCUAGGAAGCUGGACAAAUGUGGGGUGUGUGGGGGCAAAGGCAAUUCGUGCAGGAAGGUGUCUGGUUCCCUCAACCCCUCCAGUUAUGGCUACAAUGACAUUGUCACCAUCCCAGCCGGCGCCACUAACAUCGACGUGAAGCAGCGGAGCCACCCAGGGAUCCAGAACGAUGGCAACUACCUGGCCCUGAAGACCGCUGACGGGCAGUACCUGCUCAACGGCAACCUGGCCAUCUCGGCCAUCGAACAGGACAUCCUGCUGAAGGGGACCAUCCUUAAAUACAGUGGUUCCAUCGCCACCCUGGAGCGGCUGCAGAGCUUCCGGCCCCUGCCCGAGCCCCUGACCGUGCAGCUCCUGACGGUCCCCGGCGAGCCCUUUCCCCCCAAAGUCAAGUACACCUUCUUCGUGCCCAAUGACGUGAACUUCAGCAUGCAGAGCGGCAAGGAGAGGGCAACCACCAACGUCAUCCAGCCCCUGCUCACGGCGCAGUGGGUGCUGGGCGACUGGUCUGAGUGCUCCAGCAGCUGCGGAGCCGGCCGGCAGCGGCGCACCGUGGAGUGCCGGGACCCCCACGGCCAGGCCUCCACCGCCUGCAGCGAGGCUCUGAAGCCCGAGGACGCCAAGCCCUGCGGAAGCCAGCCGUGCCCGCCGUGAGCCGGUGGGGCGGGGCCGGGCUCGUGCUCGUGGACUGGGGCGCGGGGGUGCCCACCAGGGCAGCCCCUCUGGCGGCCCUACCUGUGCAGGUGGCACGGCCCUCCCCAGGCCCGCCGUCGCCGCAGCCGCUCCAGGUUGGCGUGAACCCGCGAUGGGGAGAGGGGAUGCGGGCAGCAGGUCCCGAAGUCCACCCUGUGGCGGGUUGGGCCCCGCGCGGGCUCAGGUGGGGGGCAGAGGUUAAAAGAUGCACGUACUGGCCCAAACAGGAGACGCCGCCUGUUUGCAAAGGACUAGCAGAGUUAAGUGAAAAAAAAAUUUUUUUUUCCUAUUUGGUUUCCCCGAUAAAUAAUCUACCUCAGAGGGGAAAAAAAUGAGUACAAGAGAGGUACGGAGUGGGGUGGGGGGAGGACGGUGAACGCCAGAGCUCGUAGCUGCGCCCCCCGCUGUCUUCCGAAAGGCCCGGACUGUCUUCAGUAUUAAAAUCCAUCGCCUAAAGGGCUGCAGAGUCGCAGGACGGUGGGGAGCCGCGGCUUCUCAGGCUUCCACCUGCAGAGGUGGAUGGAUUUCAAGUAUUUAUGCAAAUGUGUCUCUGAACUAAAGUGUGAUCUUGUGCCAAAGCA